UUUUGCACAUUGAACAUGUCCAGUCUCCUGUCAGCAACAAUCCGAAACAACCACUGAGGGGAGGGAAUCUAAAUAAAACCCGUCUUCCACCGCUGGAGCCCAACUUCACAACAACAUCCUCUUCACAGGUUCUCCUGGCGAGACUGUGUGUGUCUGAUUGGGACCUGGUGUGUGUCAGGGGGCUAUGGUGAGGCGAUGUGCACUGGCUGGUGUGAGGAGAGAUGUGCCGGCGUCGGUGGGGAAAGAGGGCGAGGUAAAGGAGUGGAUCUUCAGUCAUGGCUGUGCACCUUGCUGUUGUUCUCGGCUCUGUGGGACCCCGUGUGCCCCCAGUGUCCGGACAGUUGCCACUGCGCCUGGGACACGGCCACGGUGCUGUGCUCAGAUGCUGGGCUGCGGGAGAUUCCCGAGGGCAUCCCGCCAGACACCGUGUCCCUCCACCUGGAGCGCAACUACAUCCGGAGCAUCCCCGAGAGUGCCUUCAUGGAUCUGGUCCACCUGCAGGACCUGUACCUGUCCCACAACCGCAUUGACUCGCUCUCCUCGGGGGCGCUGCGGCAUCUGGGCCCCGAGCUGCGCCUGUUGGACCUCUCUCAUAACCUGCUGAAGCAGGCCAGCAGGGAUGAGUUUGGCUCCACACGCGCCAAGACGCGCCUCUACCACAACCCCUGGCACUGUGACUGCGCCCUGCAGGAGCUGAUGGAGACCCUGAACCUGGAGCCGGAGACGGUGAACGGGAUCGUGUGUGAGAGCUCGGUGCGCGGGGCAGGCGAGGGGAGCAGGUGGGAGGACCCCUCAGCUCAGGGGGAGCACGCGGGUCAACCCCUGGUCAAACUGCUGGACUCUGGGGUGAAUUUCUGUAGCCUGCAGCGGAAGACCACCGACGUGGCCAUGUUGGUGACAAUGUUUGUUUGGUUCUUCAUGGUAAUCGUGUACGUGGUGUACUAUGUGAGGCAGAACCAAGCCGAGGCCCGGAGGCAUUUGGAGUACCUGAAGAGUUUACCCAGUCCACGCAAGACCCCCAUGGAGACAGACACUCUUAGCACUGGCUUCUGAAGAAACCAGUGCCAUUUACUGUAUACGAAGAGUGACUGAAAAACCUCAUAAUGCUGUAUUUGGAUGGAGCUACUGUAGACCAGACUGUAGAACAUGGUUACAAUGGGACAUGACCUCUUUACAACUGUGUCUUGUGAUUGCAGUAUUUAUUUAUUUUUUUUGGUAACUACUGUGCCCACUAUGUGUUUUUUUAUUUUUCAAAUCCUGAUGUAUGUUUUCUUAAUUGCAUCAAUUGUAAGUGAAUAUUUAUUUUCUCCUGUUCUACCAAGCUGAAUGACAUUUAAAAUAGUGAAAUGAAAUAGGGACAGUGGAAGCAAAUUGAAAUAAGAUAGAAAAGCGGAAAAGAAGGAAAAGAAAGCCAAUAUUAUUACCUUCCAUCUCUCCCCUUUGAAUACUCCCUUCCUGUGCUCUCACCAUGAUGGUCCAUGCUGUGUCCUUUUAUCUUCCAUUAGGCUCUAGUUAGGCUGGUCUGACCAACUGGCCCAUAAUGAGCACUCGAAAGGCACUAAUCAGUCUGAGUGUGUUUAUCAGGUCAAAAGGGAGAGUGUGCACCCUGGUGUUUGGGUGUCUAUUUAAUUGCCUGCAUGUGUGUGAGAUUGUGUGCGCUCACAUGCGUACCUAUGUGUGUGUGUGUGUGUGGUUAGUGCCUUUGUGGUGUUUUUGUGCAUCGUGUGGUCAUUUCCUUUUUGCUUUUUCCAUGCUAUAUAAGCGUUUCCCAUUACAAGGUCACUGAGCCACUCAUGCCUGUGUCAGUCGAGAACUGCUGAUCUAAAUUUACUCUCAGGAAGCAGCGAGAGCUGGAGGUGAAGUAUUUUGCCUCUGAGCUGCAGCAAUCAGCUCUAAAAUAUCUGGACAGCUUAGUGUACAUACAGCUGUCUCUGCUAUUGAGAAAUUUCAGCCAGAUUUAGAAAUUGGUUCAAUUAUUAAGAUGCUCAUUGUUAGAAAUUAAAUUAAUACAGCUCCUUUUCCUGAGAAAGGCUCUGUUAUCUUAGAUUUUAAUUAAUCUCUUCUUACUCACAGUGCUUUUUCAGACCUCUCUACACUGACUGCUGUGUACAAAUUGUUCUGUUUUUCUCUAUUUCCCGCAUAGACUGUCUUGUAAUUGAUUCUUUCUCAAGCCACUGUGAAAACAAGCAAAACACUUUGAUAAUAAAUGUUUUUUUUUUUUUUUCAGUCAGUGAAUUUAAAGCCAGUAAUGUUAAGUCUCUUUUAAUGGCAUUACUGAUGAGCAACAUGUAUAUAAACUGAACAUCCAGCUCAGUGUUUGACGUAAAUGGAACAAAACUGACUGGAUUUACAGCCACUUUUUUUUUUUUUUUUUCUAAUUUGACUUCAGUUCAUUGUAAUCACAUUUACUUCAAUGCCUUUGGAGCGGCACUUCACUGCGUAUUGCGUGUUCCUCAUUCUUCACUGCUACCAAUAGAGGUUCUAAAUUGCCUCUCUCAAUUUCACAUCUAAUACUGGAUUUUUCAUUUAAUCUGCAUCCAAGAGGUUUUUCCAUGUGUCUGCAGUCUGUCCAAUAAUCGGCUUAUGUGUACAGUUACAGCCUUUGUUAAUGUUCAUGAAUAUAAUAAAACAUCAGUGUAUUCCAUUUUCCUCAUCGGGGAAUUGGGUUGGUAAAGCAGUUAGAGCUAAGUUUAAACUUAGAGUAGGUUGACUUACACUGUAAUGUGCUCCAUGUGGUGUGUGUGUGUGCUUUGUUAUAGUCUACAAAGACUGCGGCUGGCUGAAGACUGUGCUCAGGCUUAAGAUAAUACUGUGAGAACUGAGAAAUGUUGAUGAUAACUGGUCAAACUAUAAACCUAAAUAGGCUGUGGUAUGUUGGGUAUGUUGUAGUUGCAGUAACAAACCAGGGGUCGUUGUUUUGCAGUAAAAAGGUGGGCAAUGUCUUGUGAUUUACUUGUGGAACAAUGUGGGUGUGAGCAUUUCUUAGAUGUUGGCUGUUUGUCAGAAGUCAUAAUUCUAAUGUUGAUAUGCCUGACUUCAGUUUCCCAAAUGCAUCUCUACCAUUAAAAUCAUCUUUGGCCCAUUCAUGUCAAGGUACAUCAAUGCUGUAGAAAACUCCAAACACAAAAACCAAGCAUGUCCUGUGUGUUGUUUUUUGUAUAAUAUAUUUCUUUUUUAUUGGUGAUGUAUUUUUGUCUCAGUGACUUGUUUUUCCUGUCCUGUUUGUAUGCCGAUCAUUAUUCAAACAAGGAUUACAUCAUAGAUUUGGAAAGCAGUACAUUAAAUAAUAAAUGAACUAUCAAA